AGCCCCCGGGGGAGAUUAGUGUCCAGGUUACCCCACUUCCAGUGGCCUUGCCGCCCCCACAGCCUGCAGGUAUAAGACCAGGUAAACACGGCUUGGAGACACCAAGGAUGGAGAUGCUCCAGGGACUGCUGUUGUGGCUGCUGCUGAGCAUGGCCGGGGUGUGGGCAUCCAGGGGGCCACUGCGGCCUCUGUGCCGGCCCAUCAACGCCACCCUGGCUGCUGAGAAUGAGGCUUGCCCUGUCUGCAUCACCUUCACCACCAGCAUCUGUGCCGGCUACUGUCCCAGCAUGGUGCGGGUGCUGCCGGCUGCCCUGCCACCCGUGCCCCAGCCAGUGUGCACCUACCGAGAGCUGAGCUUUGCCUCCAUCCGCCUCCCUGGCUGUCCGCCCAGCGUGGACCCAACGGUCUCCUUCCCCGUGGCUCUCAGCUGUCACUGCGGGCCCUGCCGCCUCAGCAGCUCUGACUGUGGGGGUCCCAGAGCCCAACCCUUGGCCUGUGACCGCCCCCCACUCCCAGGCCUCCUUUUCCUCUAAGGACUCCCGGCCUCAGCCUCCUAGGCCCACAGAUGCUCCCCCCCCCCCAAUAAAGGCUGCUCCACCUGCA